AUGAAAGGGGCACUGACUGAAAUUAUCCAGCUCGCUACCUUGGAUUCAGACCCCUGGGUCUUAAUGGUAGCUGAUAUUUUAAAAUCCUUUCCAGAUACUGGCUCCCUUAACCUUGAUCUUGAAGAACAGAAUCCCAAUGUUCAAGAUAUUUUAGGAGAGCUUAGAGAAAAAGUAAGCGAAUGUGAAACUUCAACGAUGUUGCCGUUGGAAUGCCAGUACUUAAACAAAAAUGCCUUGACAACACUAGCUGGGCCACUUACCCCCCCAGUGAAACACUUCCAGCUGAAAAGGAAACCAAAAAGUGCCACUCUCAGAGCUGAACUCUUGCAGAAAUCAACAGAAACUGCACAACAGCUCAAGAAGACUGCAGGAGUGCCUUUCCAUGCCAAAGGCAGGGGACUGGUCAAAAAGAUAGAUACGACAACACCACUUAAAGGAAUACCAAAACAAGCUCCAUUCAGGAGUACUUCAGCACCUAGUGUAUUUAGUCCUUCUGGAAACAGAACUCCCAUUCCUCCUUCAAGAACACCUCUGCGCAAAGAAAGAGGAGUAAAGCUUCUAGAUAUCUCUGAGCUGGAUAUGGUGGGUGCUGGCCGUGAAGCAAAGAGAAGAAGAAAGACAUUAGAUACAGAAGUUGUGGAAAAGCAAGCCAAAGAAGAAACAGUAGUAGAAAAUGCUACCCCAGAUUAUGCUGCUGGCCUUGUGUCUACACAGAAACUUGGCUCGUUGAACAAUGAGCCUGCACUACCUUCUACAAGUUACUUACCUGCUACCCCCAGCGUGGUGCCAUCUUCCUCUUAUAUCCCAAGCUCGGAAACACAGCCAGCUGGCUCUGCACGAGAGGCCUUGCAGACUAACAGGCAGACUGAAGAGCCUGCUGCUCCAAAUGCUACGACAACUCUUCCUGCACAAUUCAAACAAAGAACACCCAUGUACAAUAGUAACUCUAAUCCACCUGUGACUACACCUACCUCACCCCUAACCCCUGCCACGCCUCCUGCCAUUUCCCCUGCGGCACAGGCGCCACAAGCAGCCCCCCAGAUGCAGCAGCAGCCGCCACCGAAAAAAAGCCUCUCUCUCACAAGGGAGCAAAUGUAUGCUGCGCAGGAAAUGUUCAAGACUGCAAACAAAGUUACAAGGCCAGAAAAGGCUCUUAUACUUGGAUUCAUGGCAGGAUCCAGAGAGAAUCCUUGCCAAGAGCAAGGUGACAUCAUCCAAAUUAAACUUAGUGAGCAUACAGAAGAUUUACCAAAGGCAGAUGGCACUGGCAGCACCACGAUGUUGGUUGAUACGGUCUUUGAAAUGAACUAUGCUACUGGUGAAUGGACCAGAUUCAAGAAGUACAAGCCUAUAACUAAUGUUUCCUAAGAGAUGCAGUAACAGCAGACUGGACCAAAUCAAGCUUAGAGUCAAGCAGCUCAUAGAGUAUGUCAACUGUACACAUGAAUGCCAUUUUGUACAUUUAUUACGCUCCAGAGUAGAAGUUGCUGUGGCUCUUCAACCUUACUGGGCUCAGUGAACAGAGAAGAUGGUGUCAA